AUGCACUCGCUGUCGGUGUUCCUUUGUUCCUCUUCUGGUCUGCCCUUGUCCACCCCAAGCACAUUCAUGAGCGUUGCAGGCCGGGUAUUUGACUAUGUUGUCGCUGGCGGUGGUCUGACGGGUCUUAAAAUUGCUGGUCGUCUGAUGGAGACAUCGCCUGCUACCGUGCUCGUUAUCGAGGCCGGCUACUUCGAUUCGGACCGAGGAGCCUUCAUUACGAACCUUACGGAGUAUGCCAAAGCAUUUGACUCAUCCCUUGACCAAGCCUAUAAACUGUUCGGGCUCAACUCCUGGGAGACAGUCUUUGGCAACAAGGGUUGGAACUGGGGCACGCUGAGUCGGUAUAUAAAAAGAGCCGAGCGAGCCUGGCUGAUCCGCCAAAAGAAGCAAUCGAACCUCUAUAUAUUGACUGUGUUGGGACAGUCUUUGUUCCGUCUGUUCUCCAGAUGCCAGCGGUAUAUCGUUUUGGUCUACUGGGUAGUUGGUAUCGAGUUUGGCACUCACAAUAAGCAUAAAUAUGGACCAGGCCAGAACUCAUGUGCAAUUCCUACGGCGGAAGCCGGUGCGGGCCAAGGACAGGCCAUCCACUUUGCAACAUUCAACGACACAUUUGGCAAUUAUAGCCAACAAGCUCACCAACAUUUGCAGCCGGAGAAUCUUCGACGAUGGGCCGAUGCGACAGUCACCCAAGGCAGCGAGCAGGUGCCCCAGACCCAAUACGAGACCUAUCGCCGGUGGCUGACCGAGGAUGUCGUUUCCUAUUCCGAGGUUCUUCUCGACACUAAUGGUCAGAUAGACAUCACUGCAAGGUCCCUCCUCCCCUUCACCCGGGGUUCUGUGCACACCCUGGACCGGGACCCGUACCUCCGCUGGAUAGCCUACGAUUCACCAUACCUCUUGAAUUAUCUGGACAGCUUGGAGCAGGCAGCUGCAACCAAGUUGGCACGGAAAUUAUUCCGUGAAGACGCCAUGAGCCGGGUGUAUGGCGUGGAACGAUUGCGCGUGGUGGAUGCGUCGCUGGCACCAACGCAACUGUCGUCGCAUCGAUGUCCGUUCUUUAUGGCGUGGCGAAGAAUAUUACGGAAGAUAUUUUGGUGA